CCACAGAGGCGCUAGGAAAAUCACGGAGCUGGGACCUUACCACCUCUCACUCGCUGGCUCGCUCGCUCGCCCUCUCUCCCUCUCUCUCGCUGGCCGUCAGCGGACUUCUUUCUCUGCACACGUCUUUCUCUGAAAUGUGCGUGUGCGCGAAGGGAAGAGGAGGAAUAACGCGUGUGUGUGCGUGUGAGGGUGCAUGUCCGGAGCAAGUAAAGGCAGGGGGAUUAUUCGGCGCUAUCGAAAUAUUUCAACACGUCGCCCUCGCUGCAGGACUGAAGCCAAUAAGAGGGAACGCAUUUUAACAGGAAUGCCGAUAUUGUAAACGGCAGCAGAAGGGGAAGAAUGCGCCGCAGUCAAUUAAGUGACUCGCCUGAGUUGGUUUAAUUCGACUAAUGUCCGCAAGUCAGCGAGACGCACAAAGGUGUCCGGUUGGCGUCCGCCUCUGAAGAAAAUCGCUCUCGCGGCACUCCUGAUUGACGGACAGCAUUUUUACAUCUCUAUUUGCAGACUUUUUCACAAGACCUCAUCCACCGAGCGCAGAGGGUGGUGGUGGGUUGUGUUUUUUUUUUGUCUCGGCAACUCGUGAAAACUACGUGGAUGCUUCCAUCUGCGAAGUUGAAGGAGGACUUGCCCGAACGUCGCGACUUCACUUUUGUUUUUUAUCCCCGCUUUUAUUUUGUGUUCAUUUGAUCACAGGCUUCGCUCGUGUUAGAAAUACUGUUUGACACCCAACCAGACGUCUAUUUGCUGCCUGCUCUUGGAUGAACUUCCUGAUGAGAGAUCCAGUCAUACAAGGAUCAAGUAUGGCAUAUCAUCCGUUUAUACCUCACCGGGGUCCGGAAUUUGCCAUGAGUGCAAUGCUGGGUCACCAGCCUCCGUUCUUCCCGGCCCUCGCGCUCCCUCCCAGCGGCUCCCUCUCUCUGCCGGGCGCCCUGGGAAAGCCGAUCAUGGACCAGCUGAUGGGAGCCGCGGAGACCGGCCUGCACUUCUCCUCGCUGGGGCACCAGGCUGCGGCCGCCCACCUCAGGCCUCUCAAGACCCUGGAGCCCGAGGAGGAGGUGGAGGACGAUCCCAAAGUUCACCUGGAAGCCAAGGAGCUGUGGGAACUCUUCCACAAGAAAGGCACCGAGAUGGUGAUCACAAAAUCCGGAAGGCGGAUGUUCCCUCCGUUCAAAGUGAGGUGCACUGGUCUGGACAAGAAGGCCAAAUACAUUCUCUUGAUGGAUAUAGUUGCAGCAGACGACUGCAGGUACAAGUUUCACAACUCCCGCUGGAUGGUGGCAGGAAAGGCCGACCCCGAAAUGCCAAAGAGGAUGUACAUUCACCCGGACAGUCCGGCUACUGGUGAACAGUGGAUGUCAAAAGUCGUCAAUUUUCACAAGCUCAAGCUGACAAACAACAUCUCCGACAAGCACGGAUUUGUAAGUUCAACUAAUACCAUUCUUAACUCGAUGCACAAAUAUCAGCCUCGCUUUCACAUCGUGAGGGCCAACGAUAUUCUCAAGCUCCCGUACAGUACCUUCAGGACUUAUGUUUUCCCUGAAACCGAUUUUAUUGCCGUGACUGCUUAUCAAAACGACAAGAUAACCCAGCUGAAAAUCGACCAUAAUCCGUUUGCCAAAGGCUUCCGUGACACGGGCAAUGGGAGACGGGAAAAGAGGAAACAGCUGGCACUGCAAUCCAUGCGUUCAUACGAGGAGCAGCAGAAAAAGGAGAACGGGGCCUCAGACGACUCCUCUGGAGAGCAGGCUCCCUUUAAGUGCUUCGGCCAGGCCUCAUCCCCUGCCGUGUCCACUGUGGGCCCCCCACACCUAAAAGACUUCUGUGACAGCGACGAGGACAGCGACGACGAGAGCAAAGACGGACACAAGGAUGGCCCUGACUCCAGCAAGAUCUCCACGACCACGGAGGACGGCAAAGACCACGAGGCGAGUCCAGCCAAGGGGCACGCCUUCAGUAACAGUGACUGUGGCGGCAGGGCGCGCGACAGCGGCCCGCGGACCGAGAAAAGCCAGGCGGAUUCGCGACAGAGCCCCGUCACCGUCAUCUCCAGCACCACUCGCUCUGGGGAAGAGCUUAAGAGUCCGAGCUUGGAGCAGCCUAAAACGGACGAGUGCCGGCCACUCGGCAAGGACAGCUUCAUGCCUCUGACUGUCCAGACUGACAGCGCGCACGUUGGCCACGGUCACCUGCAUAACUUUGGAUUUCCGGCGGGUCUAACGGGACAGCAGUUUUUCAACCACUUGGGGAGCGCGCAUCCGUUCCUCUUGCACCCCGGUCAGUUCAACAUGGGGGGCGCGUUCUCGAACAUGGCCGCGGGCAUGGGGCCACUCCUGGCAGCUGUUUCCACGGGAGGGGUGAGCACCAUGGACACGACCAGCAUGGCAUCGCCGCCGCAAAGCCUGACGGGAGCUCCGGGUCUGCCCUUUCAUCUGCAGCAGCACGUCUUGGCGUCGCAGGGCAUCGCCAUGUCCCCGUUCGGCAGCCUGUUCCCGUACCCGUACACGUACAUGGCGGCAGCCGCCGCGGCCUCGUCCGCCGCCGCCUCCUCCUCCGUCCACCGGCACCCCUUCCUGAACGCGGUGCGCCCCCGUCUCCGGUACAGCCCCUACUCGCUCCCCAUGACGGCGCCGGACAGCACCCUGCUCACCACCGCCAUGUCCGCGAUGGCCGGCGGCGCGAGCGAGCUGAAGGGGGAGGGCGUCGUCGCGGCCAGUCCCGUGCCAGCCGUCACCCUGGAUUCCACGUCGGAGAUGGCGAGCCACUCCUCCACCAUGUCCUCCGGCUCCGUCUCGCUGUCCCCAAAGACUUGCACAGAGAAGGACACCGCCAGUGAGCUGCAGAGCAUCCAGCGCCUGGUCAGUGGACUGGACUCGAAUCCGGACCGGCCACGGAGCGGGUCCCCCUAGGACUUCUCUUUUCUAAAAACACAACACCUGCUUCUAGUUUCAUUGCCACGAACAGCGUGGACGGCGAUGAAGACAUUAACAGUAGGAGGACACCUUCAUAGAUCACGCAGGUUUUAAAAAAGAAAAAAAAAGACUAAAAACAUGAACUGUUGGACGUUUUAGUUUCUGAAAUGCACUUUGGUUAAUACACAUCUGUUAUGUAUGUUUUCCUUUCCUUUGUUAAAUUAAACAACACUUUUAUCAUGUCAUUUGAAUACCGUACAAGUAUUGAAACUGAAAAGCUGGCACGGGCGUGACUUACAGAUUUAGGAGAAGUUGCUGCUGUGUCCUUUCUCCUGUGUUAUUGUCCACGAUGAUAAAAUGUCUUUUAAUGUGCACUCUGAAUUGAUUUGACUUAUUUAAAUUCACUACCGCUCAACCUACCUUUUUAAAGACUGCUGUAUUUUAUUGUACACUAAUAAUUGACUCGCCAAAAGUUGCAUGACCCCCUAAAACCCCAACGAAUGUUAUUUUUAAUACUAAAAAUGUAAAACAAAUAUAAUUUACACACUUCCUUCGCCGAAUUUACUUGUAAUUGGGUAUAAUAAUUAAAACAUCAAUUUGUAAUAAUCUUAAUUUUUUUUUAAUUUACAUGAGGCCCUUUGACAUGGCUGGUACCCAAGCAUGCGGAAUUUAGCCCAAAGGUCCAAAAGGCAAGGGAAGCAGACAGUAAAUAUAAAAAAUGAAAGGUAGUAUCGAUUAUAGGUGUACAUAGGGAUAUAUAAAAUAUUUAUGUAAUUAUUUCAUAUUGUUAUUGCGUGUACAUACAACUGAGUAGUUUGUUUCUAGGAUCCGUUCUUAAUUUAUUGUCAAUAUACCUGUGUAAAGAAACUUUGUGGGCUAUUAUCCUUUUGUUGCCAUUUGCAUUUAUACCCCUCUUCGAAAAUAUGGACUUUUAUUCCUUUCUAAAUAUCCACUGAGCUAGUUAUUCACACUCAUGUGCCAUUGUAUUUUCACCUGUCCCCGUGUGUGAAGUGCUACUGUUAAAAACGAAUGAAAAGGCGACAACGCACUGCACCAAUGGCUUGAAAAGAAAUACUCAUUUUUUUUAAAGAGCAAAAGAAGUGUCGUUGACGUGUGAUAAAAGUGGAUUUCUUUCUGUUAUUAAAAUACUUUGCGAAGCUGAUCGUUAAAGUGCCGCAUAAUCGAAAUAUGAAGGUUUCAUUUGUUUCUUAAGUUGUCAAUGGGUUAUGUUGUAUUGGAGUUUUGUCUAGUUUACAACAUCAACAUCGUGUUCUUGAAAGUUUCAAUAAAACAUUGAAAUGCC